AUACCUAACAUUUUUAAGAUUUUAGGAAAAUUAUAUUUUCUCUUAUUAAUUCUACGAUCUAUUGUAUUUGAAGUGAUAAGCCAAACAAACUUAAGAAUAAAUCCUUUUUUUUUCUUGUCGAUUUCAUCUAAAUGAAUAACUUGUGUCAAAUAGAAUAGUAACAAGUUUAAUAAAAUGCCUUCAAAAUCAAAACUACAAUCCAUUAUUAGAGGACCUCAGUAUGAUCUUAUUCCACGCCGACUACAUAAACUAUUUGAAGAUAAGGUUCUUGAGAACCCAAACAAAUCAGCGUUAAUCUAUGAUGGUAAAGUUCUAACCCGAAAGGAAGUUAAUGAGCGAUCAAAUCAAUAUGCCAGAGUCUUUUUGCGAGAAACUUUAAAACAUUCCUUAAGUCCUAAUCAGGACGGAGACAAUAUAAUUGCCAUGUGUAUGGAACCUUCGGAUUACCUGGUGAUGAUACUGCUUGCAACUUGGAAAGCAGGAUUUGCAUACAUUGCGAUAGAUCCAAUUUUAACACCCAAUCGGAUAGCUCAUAUUUUAAAUGAUGCUCGUCCCGUGAUGGUUAUAUGUGACAAUGACAUGGAUCAAAGGGUUUUCGGAUCAUACUUGACCUUGAGCCUUAAUGAGCUGAAUGAAAAAUGUUUCCAAAUGGAUGUAACAAGUAUUCUCGACGAUGAAAUGAAAAAAAGCAGCCAAGACCUCGCAGUCGUUCUUUAUACAUCAGGAAGUACUGGAGUCCCGAAAGGAGUAAAAUUGCCUCCGAUUGCAUUAUUAAACCGAUUAAAAUGGCAAUGGAUAACAUUUCCUUUCAAUGCCGAUGAAAAUGUUGGCCUUUUAAAAUCUUCUCUCGCAUUUGUGGAUUCGGUUUUGGAAAUAUGGAGCACCCUUUUGCAUGGUCUAACUAUCUUAGUUGUUCCAAAACCAACUACAAAAGACCCUGAAAAAUUAGUAAAAUUACUUGACGAAUAUCAGAUCGGACGAAUUAUGCUUGUACCAACGCUCUUGCGCAACAUAAUUAUGUACCUGCAGAUGGAAAGCAAAACUCAUAAUAACAAUGAUCGCCUCUUGUCAAAGCUUAAAAAUUGGGUGUGUUCAGGGGAACCAUUACAAAAACAACUUGUCGAACAGUUCUUUGACUGUUUUGAAGAGGGAACACAAUUGCACAAUUUUUAUGGAUGUACCGAAGUAAUGGGUGACGUAACAUAUUUUACAUGCAAGAGCAAACAACACCUGAAGGAGUUUGAAAAAAUUCCUAUAGGGCUUCCUGUUGCUAACACUGAAAUAUACAUAUUAGAUAAUGACUAUAAACCAGUCAGUCAUGGAGAGAUUGGACAAAUUUUCAUUGCUGGAUUGCCACUUGCCAAUGGUUACGUAAACGGCCGUGAUCGGGACAGAUUUAUGGACAAUCCACUUGUCGGUGAGUUUAAAUUUACCCGACUCUAUAAAACUGGAGAUUUUGGUUCAUUUCGAAAAGGAUACAUCCAUUUCGAAGGUCGUUUGGACUCACAAAUCAAGAUUCGUGGUCACCGAGUAGAUCUUACAGAAGUGGAGAGAACCAUCCUUUCAUUUGACUUUGUGGAGAAAGCAAUUGUUCUUUGCUAUCAAGUAGAUCCAAUUGAUCGUACACUUUUGGCAUUUGUACAAUUUAAUGAUUUAUCACCUCGCUUCUCAGAACUGGAAAUUGAAAAGGCGUUGAAGGGCAAACUACAAGAUUACAUGAUUCCUCAAGUUAUAAUCGUUGAUCACUUUCCGCUUUUGGUCAAUGGAAAAAUUGAUCGUCAAGAGCUUUUGCGGUCUUACGAGAGAAAAAGGAAUGACGUCAUACCUAUGGACUUUUCUCAAGUCCCAGAUGAUUUGAAAGUUAUUGCGAGAGAUGCUUUUAAUAUUAUUGAAAGUGUAAUUGGACGAUCUGCACGUGGAACUUUGACAGUGGAGAGUAACUUCUAUGAGAUGGGUGGAAAUUCUUUGAACUCGAUUAUAGCCGUUACAUUGCUACGUGAAAAAGGAUAUCAUAUUGAAAUAUCUGAUUUCAUUUCGGCCAAGAAUCUCGGUGAAGUUCUUCGGACAGUUUCCAAUGAAUUAACCAAACUGAUUGGGGAUUGCAAACUUGCUCACUUAAAUAUGAAAGCAUUUCCCCUUACUGAAGAUGACAAGUCAACUGCUAUCAAAAUUCUCGUGGAUAGUUUUUAUGACAAAGGUGAUUUGGAGUAUUGGAUCAAAGAAGAUAUUUCACGCCAAGAUUACAUUGAUAUUUUUGAGGAUUUGUGGGAUGACGCACUAAAUAAAGGCUACAGUUUUAUUGUUAAAGAUAUGGACACGAAGGAGAUAACGGGUGUUGCAAUUAAUUUUGACGCUCGAGACGAGCCUAAAUGUCUCACCAAUUCAAAAGUUGAUAGUGUUUUUGACAUUGUAAGCGUAUUAGAAGGUCCAUUUAGGCAGAAUCAGAUGGCAGUGGAGUUAAAUAAAAUAUUUUAUACUUCUUUUUCUGCUACUAGCGUAAACUUGAAUCCCCAAGAAAACAUAGCCUGCAUUUAUUUAAUUGAAGAAGAAGUUAUAAACUUGGCUAAGAGAAAAAACUUUACGGGAGUACUUACAUCAAAUGUCAGUCCUCUUACACAGCAACUUGGAAAUGAUGUUUUUAAUUAUAAAUGCCUGGUUGAUUAUCAAGUUAAUCAAUUUAUCUAUAAAGAUGGUACCAGACCUUUUGCUCUUGCUCCUGACUCACAAAAAAUAAUGGUUCAAUAUAAGGAGUUAUAAGGUUUAAGCUAAUAGUACACUAUGUAUAAAAAUAAAUAUUAAUACAAAUUUUAAAUUAUUCCUCGAAAACUGAAUGUCUUAUUAAAUGGUCUCAUGUUUCGAC